AUGGAGGACCUUCUCCAGGUACUUAGCAGCCUGGUGUCCGACCGAGUGCGUCACUUCGAGCUGGUGAAAAUCAAGAAUGACUUAGCGCACCGGAAGGCUUAUAUACUGGUUGCGGACGGAGGGCUGCACCUGGUGACCUGCUCCCUUGGAGGUCUCUUGAAGGGUGGGAGAUUCAUGUACGACUGCAUCAAACGCGUCGAGAAAAGAAACAAUGUGAUUACUCUUCACUUCACUGCCACUCCGGGUCUACCGGUGGAAUCGCUCGACAUUGCAAUGCCAAGUGACACCCAUCUCUACGCCAAAAUAAAGGUUGCUAUGGGCGCCAACCACAUGCGUUACCACUAUGAGGAAGCUGAAAGUUCCUCUGAUGAAGGGAGCGACGACACCUCAGACACCGAGGUUCCAGAGCGGACGCUAUUGCCCUUUCGAGGUUACAAGAAGGUCACGUUGAGGGGCUACUUCUUUUUCAUGCGCGAUUCGUUUGAGCACACGUCAUUCACGAGCGGUAGCUUGAUGCGCCUGCAAGACGUUGGCAGAGGCAUGUCCAUCAAUGUUAACAUACGUGAGCCGAUGCCCGUGCAUUCGCCGCACCUGGAAUCACCGCAAAACCUUCAUCAAUAUACUCGUGGUUUCCUGAACGAUUUGGGUUUGGUGGAGGUGCUCGUCGACGGUUAUUACAACAAGCGCAUGAACCUGAACAACGACCUCGCAACGUGGUCGUGCUACCAUGUGCUGGUCAAGACCGAGUCAUCACUGCUGGCAUAUUUUAUAUUCCGCCGCCUUUACAUGCCGCCGAUGUUUGAUAUAUGCCAGGACAUUUCAAUGCGUUUCGAGGUUCCUCUAAGCAGCGUGGAAGACAAGCAUUUAUCGGUGCUCUAUAACGAAAUAUGUACAACUGCGAAUUCUCUCACCCCUGUGGAUGAGUACAACGUCUGGUACAAAGACCUCAUCCAAGCUCGAUUGGACACCCUCCGCUUUAACCAUACCAUGUACGCCUUUAUGAAGCGCAAAGGAAGUAUAGUCCCGAGUUACAAUAAGCUCAUUAAGGGGUUCAUACUAUCAGCGCUUCGUUUGCUUCCGCGUGACUGUGUGGAUCCCCAUGUCAUCCAGGCGAUGAAGGAUCCGAUGGCCCUAACAAGCGAUGACCCAAUGGAUUAUAUUUAUCACGUGAAAGCACUAGUGUUCGGUAUCGGCGACGCUGAUGAAAGUCCCGAGCGCAGGGAACUGAUGAACCGUUUUGACAUGCGCCUCGCUGACUAUAUCGCAAUUUGCAUCGACGAGCUGUUGAUGGGCAGCCACCUUUCCCUGGCUGUUUUCACCCGUUACCUUAACGCCAUGCCCGACGACGCUUACAAAAAGAAGUUAUAUGAAGUAACGGCAUACCUCGUCCACUUCCGCUCGAACGACUUUAAUGAGGACUACUCCUCUUCACUCCUCAACAAGAUUAUAGAGUCCUAUCGUGUGGAUAUUGGUCAUUACAUAUCCAACGCUCAUUUUUCGAAGCGCAUGAUCGAGGAGGGGUUCUUCAUCCACCAAUAUGCAGAGGACCUGCGGCAUAGAGAUGGAAAGUACAACCCCUACUUGACCCUUGUAAGCGAUAUACUGGAACAGUGCCGCGGGGAUAUAAUAGUCGAACGCGUGUUGAAGAAGUUUCUGGAUAUUCCGCAACCUAUCGACGCUUCCUACCUCCCGCUGCUGAAGUGUUUGAUAGGAAUGUUGCGACGAAAUGUUGGCAACUAUAAGAUCGUGAUGAUCAUCACUGCGAUAUUGACCAACUUCAGCUUCCACUCCGCGGCGUUCAAGGAUCACAUGAUCCGUCACGGAAUAGCUUCGGUUCUGAUCGACAACAUGUUGUCCAGCGAGGAACAAAUAGUGCUAUCCACAUUGAAGCUCAUGAUAAAUAUUACCAAGGCUACCGAGCACCAGCAGGAGUUCAUUAGUCAAGGGGUGAUGAGUAACUUUAUUUCCCUGCUAGAGGUACAGAUGCACCAUGGAUACCGUUAUAUAACCUUUAUACAGACUUACUGCGGAAGGCACAUGGAAAUUGUGAGCUUAUCCGCGGGUGUUUUGGGUCAGCUCUUCAAUUACAAGCUCCUCCGAAUGACGGCCAACCAAAUUUUCAGACUUGAAUUCAUAACAGAAGUCAUGAUAUUUUCAUUCCACAUUGGUUCCGCUGACCCGAACCAUAUGGUGAUGAUUAUGUUUUGCCUGAAGAAGGUGCCUAAGACGGGCCCCGUGUACAUUAAGAUCGGCAAGCACGUGAUACGUUCUAUCAUGCUGAACCUCAAAGUUUAUAGCGAUGACGACUUUGUGGUCAACGCUCUGGAACUUUUGCUGGAGCUGUCUAAGCGGGUGCAGAAUUGCAUCGUCAUGCGCCAUAUAGGCAUCCUGGAUGCAAUCGCUGAGGUGCCGUUGAACGACACGUUGGUACAGAUUGCCAACAAGCUUAAAGAGCGGGUGACACUCAAGACACGUUGCGUGACAUUAAAGUUGCAAUAG